AAGGGUGACAGUGCAAACCAGCCUAACCAUAUACAACCCCCAUUUCUUCGCGAUUAAUUUACAAUUUCAUCGCACUCUGCAGUCUACUCGCUUGAUCUGGAUCUUGGUGAAUUUGAAGCCACGCUUGAUUUUCUAAAUCUCAGGUUUCAUGUAUCUGUACGUUUUACGAUUUUGAAACCUAGAUCGUUGCAUCGGGCGGGAUCUGGAUAAUGUGAUUGUGUGUUGUUGGGGCUUUUCUCUUGUUAGUCUCACGUUUAAUUGAUUAUUAGUGUCCCGUGGGAGAAUUAAGAAAACAAGAUGGUUGUACUUGCGGCUUCCAUCAUAAGUAAAUCGGGCAAAGCACUUGUCUCGAGGCAGUUUGUUGAUAUGUCUCGUAUACGAAUUGAGGGGUACCUUGCAGCUUUCCCCAAAUUGGUGGGAACAGGGAAGCAACAUACUUAUGUUGAGACUGAGAAUGUCCGUUAUGUUUAUCAGCCAAUAGAGACCCUCUAUUUGCUUCUUGUUACAAAUAAGCAGAGCAACAUUCUCGAGGAUUUGGAGACAUUGAGGCUACUUUCAAAACUUGUGCCUGAGUACUCUUAUUCCCUAGAUGAGGAAGGCAUUGGCAAGACAGCUUUUGAGAUUCUUUUUGCAUUUGAUGAAGUAAUCUCACUGGGACACAAGGAAAAUGUCACUGUUGCACAAGUCAAACAGUAUUGUGAGAUGGAAAGUCACGAAGAGAAACUGCACAAGUUGGUCCUGCAAAGUAAAAUCAAUGAAACCAAGGAUGUGAUGAAACGGAAGGCUAGUGAGAUUGACAAAAGCAAGAUUGAGAAGAAUAGAGGUGACAAGGGAGGAUUCAUGUCUUUGCAAUCAAUGGGUUCUGGAAGAAUUGAUACUGGCUUUGGCAGUGACACCAGCAUAUCUAGUAGUGGUGGUGGUUUUGGAGGUGGUUCUAGCUUUGGAUUAAGCACUGAAGUUGAUUCCUUCUCUAAGCCAAAAGGUCGUCCAGCAUCCUCUGCUUCAGCUCCGCCAAAAGGUUUUGGUAUGCAGCUUGGGAAAACACAAAGAACCAACCAAUUUUUGGAAUCUCUUAAAGCUGAAGGUGAAAUGAUUGUUGAAGAUGUGAGACCAAGUGCUGGUCAGUCCAGAGCACCUGCGUCUCUGCCAAGUGACCCUGUUACAUUAAGUAUCGAAGAAAAGCUUAAUGUAACAUUAAAACGGGACGGUGGUAUUGGCAACUUUGAUCUGCAGGGCAUGCUAUCACUACAGAUACUUAACCAGGAUGACGGAUUCAUCCAAGUUCAGAUUGAGACUGGUGAUAAUCCAGGAGUUAUAUAUAAGACUCACCCCAAUAUUAAUAGGGAUUUGUAUAAUGGUGAAAAUAUAUUGGGUCUUAGGGACCCAAAUCGCCCGUUCCCUUCUGGCCAGGGCAGUGAAGGUGUUAGUUUGUUGAAAUGGAGAAUGCAAAGUGGAGAUGAGUCACUUGUGCCAUUGUCAAUUAGCUGCUGGCCUUCUGUUUCUGGGAAUGACACCUAUGUGAACAUAGAGUAUGAAGCUCCAACUUUUGAUCUACAAAAUGUUGUGAUUUCAAUUCCUCUCCCAGCUCUUAGAGAGCCACCAAGAGUACAACAAAUCGAUGGGGACUGGAGGUACGACGCCAGGAAAUCAGUUUUGGAAUGGUCUAUUGUACUCAUUGAUAACUCCAAUCGCAGUGGAUCUAUGGAAUUUGUCAUUCCUGCAAUCGAUACCUCAGAUCUUUUCCCAAUUUCUGUGCGCUUUACUUCUACAAGAACUUUCAGUAAUCUAAAGGUGGCUAAUGUUUUGCCUCUGAAAGGAGGUAAUCCUCCCAAGUUUGCUCAAAGAAUGCUGCUCUCUACUGAAAACUAUCAAGUGGUUUGAAUAUUGCAAGUCUGUCGCCAUCUUAUUGCAGUGUUGGUUUCUACCAAACUCUACCGGCUUCUGUUUUUUUGAAGAAUGUAUCUUUCGUUUUUAUCCCCUACGUGUUUACUACAAGUAAAGAGGUUUAAAUGUUGAUGAGAUUUAACUGUGAGUUUUGCUUUGAAGGAAUUUCAGUGGCAUUUGUCGCCUAAUCCAUCGUUUGUUUUCUUCUCAGCUUUCAGUAGGGACAACUUAUUUUCUUUCGACUAAUACAAAUUUACAUAAAUAAAUAACAAGUUUUACUGAUUUGAA